UCUUCCCUUCUUUCCCCCUCCCCUUCCCCCUCCGUCGUCGUCGCCCCCUGUCUCCCGUCGCCUCAUCGCCCAUCCCGUUCGCCCGACGCACAGCCCCCUUCAGUCGUGCCGUGCGAUCCGGCGCUGUUUCUGGCAAUGCCUCCACCGUGCGAAUUUAAAGCCGACAUGGAUUUGUGUGAGCCUUGGCCGGGAUCACGAUCAAUCCUCCCUGCUAUAUUAUUAUGAUCUGUUCAUUAUCUUCUUACCUACAUAGAAUGCUUACUGGUUAACUUACUAUCUUUAUUAUUAAAACUAGUAUUAUUAAAUCACUAUCCAAGACUGCUCUGGUUUUCUCAGUAUGGCUGUCUCACUGCCCUUCCAAUCCUCUGUUUUUCUUUUAUCUUACUAUCCCAGCUCAGCUCGGGUCUCUGAGUUCAAGGAAAUAACCCACUUGGCGUGCUGUGCAGCCAUUAUACUGAUAUAUCUGAAAUUUAUGUUGAUUCUCUACUGGCUGUGGGCUUGACUGUUCUUUAUUAAUAUGACUCUAUAAUAGUAUAAUAUUAUCUAUCUCAGCUAACACGGGUAACUAAUA